AUGAGGCGGACAAUCCUCAUGAGCAAGUCAAAAUCUGUAAAUCGCGACACCAAUGAGCUUGUAGCCCUCAAGAAGAAGACCGCCGAGCUCGAAGCUCGACAGAGGUCUCAAACGGUGACGAGCAUACUACUUGAGGUGUUUUUCAUCUCUGCGGUUCACUGGUCAUUGUUCAAGAUUUUGAUCUGUACAAUGGGUGCACCUAAACAGAAGUGGACAGCAGAAGAAGAAGCUGCUCUUAAAGCUGGCAUUCGCAGAUAUGGAAUAGGAAAGUGGAGUACCAUACUUAAAGAUCCAGAAUUCAGCACGGUUUUGAGAGCACGUUCCAAUGUGGACCUCAAGGACAAGUAUAGAAAUUUGAAUUGCAUGGUCUUGGGAUCUCGGCAAAAAUCUAGGUUUACCAAUAAAAGCAAUCAGCUUACCAUCAAGCAAGAUGAAAACACUGCAGGUCGUAACAUGAUUGUUGAGAAGGAAUCUGAAGUUCUUGAAGGAACUUCCCGAGCAGCAUCUGGCGAAAUAUCUCAGGGUGCAGAUUCCAAGAAACCCAUCUCAAGGUUGGAGGAUGUUAUCCUGGAGGCUAUAACAAAGUUGAAGGAACCUCGUGGGUCAAGUCGGCCUGCAAUUUCACAGUACAUAGUGGACCACUACUCGGCACCACAAGAUAUUGAGAGGACCGUGGCUGCAAAUUUGAGGACUUUGACAGAAAAUGGACGAGUAAUUAAGGUGAAGAAUCAAUACAGGAUUGCCCCAAAGUCUGUAACUUUUUGCGUUGGAAAACAAUCACAGCCAGUAGAAGAUGGAGUUGCAAGGGAUUCCCCAAAAGCAGCCAGGAAUGACGUCGUGAUUCUUACCAAAGCCAUGAUCGAUGCUGAGCUGGAGAAAAUGAAGAGCAUGAGUGCUGAGGAAGCUGCUGAGGCUGCCGCCAAAGCAGUCGCUGAAGCUGAAGCCGCAAUAGCUGAGGCCGAGGCAGCGGCAAGGGAGGCAGAGGAGGCCGAGGCUGAGGCCGAAGCUGCUCAGUGCUUUGCGGAAGCUGCCCAGAAGGCAUUGAAUUUCCAGACCCUCCGUGUCUGGUGA